AUGAACCGCACGGCCAGCCGAACCCGAAAACGGCAGCAACUCUGCGUUGCCCUGCUGGGCUUCGUGCGAACGGAAUCUCCGAACAGAAUCGGUAGGAUCCGCGUCCGAGUUCUUAGUUCGCGAGUGAGUGUGUUCGUCGAAAAGACAUCUUCGAGGGAAUAUCGAAGACUUGCAGCACAUCACAGAGAAGAAAAGGCCAACGCGGAUAAUCAUAAGGAACCAGAAUCUGUCGAAGGAAUAUCGACAUCCCGAGAGAGACCAGCAUCGACGGAUAAUCGGACACGUCCUCUCUACUAUCGAAGGAACAUCGAUAAAAAACUUAGGAAAACCAUGCUGAUCUUAACCAUCCUAAUUCCACUGUCCAUUAUGAAGACCACGCAGACGCAGACUAUACAAAUACAGGACCUUUCGAACAACCCAGGACUACUGACGAUAAAAACAGGACAAAGCCUCAUCAUUAAUAGUUACGACAGACUAUACCACGAAGUCGACCUUACCCAAUACGGUAAUGUAUUGGUACAAGUUGAAAGAAUUAUUUCAGGCCUAAGAACUUUUCAGUCCUUUCACGAUAUAACAGAAUUACUGACGAGAAAAUUUCAAGAUGUUUCAAAAUUGUACUAUAACCUUUUACCACAUAGAAGAGCUAGAAGAGGUGCAUUUAAUUUGUUAGGAUCAGGUAUCAAAUUGAUUACAGGGAAUCUUGAUGAAAACGACCUUAUAGAAAUAAAUCAUGAUAUUCAAAACUUGAAAUCAAAAAGCCAAUCAUUAAUUAAACAGAAUAACGUACAGGUAGCCAUCAAUGAAAGGAUUGAAAAGCAACUAAACGAGAUGACAGAAAGCUUCAACAAACAUCAAAAUGUAAUUGUAAAAGAACUUGUAAAAGCUAAAAAUAAUAGAUUAGAGAACCACAAUGUAACCCUUCUCAUGCAAACAUUCAAAAUUUCAUAUCAUUUAGAUCAAAUUGAGGACUUCUUAGAAUCAGUAUUUGAAACUAUUCAACUUGCUAAACUGAAAAUUAUUCCCAGAAACUUUCUAGAUAAGAGCGAGCUUAAACUUAUCAAGGACAAAUUAGAAGAACAACACGUAGAGUUCAUUAAUACAGAUCAGGUUUACGAGCUUUUAGAUAUCAUAUCAGUCUUCAAAGACAAAACAUUAUAUUUCAUCAUACUCAUACCCCAACUAGAACCUUCCAGCUUCAACCAACUACUCUUAGAGCCAGUACCUAUCAACGGUAGAACGAUGAAGAUACCUACAACAUCAGCACUAUUCGGAAUAAACUCAACGUUUUUCAUCAAAAGGGAUUGUCGAGCAAUCGAAACAAACACUUUAUGCAACCGGAACGACCUCAUGGAUGUUUCCACAGAUAACUGCUUUUCAAAAAUUCUAAGAGGAUACCCAGGUAAAUGCCCUUUCACCGAACACUCCAAUACAACAGUAGUCAAAAGACUCACCGAAAACCACAUCAUCAUCAAGAACACAUCAUCUAUUGAAAUGGGUACAAACUGCAAUUUAUCCAACAGAACUCUGAAGGGAACAAUACUGAUAUAUUUUUCAAACUGUACAAUAACACUGAAUAACAAGACUUACAGUAACUUGGAACUGUACAGCAAACCUCAUCAACACAUCAUCCCACUCGACGGAGUUCAGAUAGAACACAAAAUCGAACACGAUAUUUCCAUGCACAAGCUACAUGAGUUGCAUAUCCAUAAUCGUCAGAAACUUUCUGACUUAGAAAACGAGAAUAUCAAAUACACCUACACCAGUGUAGGCCUUUCAACUUUUAGUAUCCUUUCAGUGCUCCUUGUUACCUCAUACAUCAUUAUCAGGAGACGUUCAACAACCAUUCCAAUAAUCGUAUCGGGACGAUACGAUCUUAAAGGGGGAGCAGUUACCAACCAACCCACCACGUCACAUCAAGUUGGCAACGAUAAAACACCAAACAUCCUGCAAACACUAUUUGGCCCGAAUCAUCAAAAGCAUCAACCCCAACAACCACUAUCAUUGUGGCCAUUCGCCGCCUUCGCCGCCGCCGUUCCCCGUCCAAACGCCAUAUUUCAAGCCGACUACACGAUAGCUUUUGAGCAACCUCCCCGCCAUCUUCCAAGCCAACUUCUCACCAUCCUGGAAGCCUACUUCUCGGCGAUCGUUGGCUACUUCAUCAUCGGAGUGAGCCCCAUUUCCGAUACCCGCCCAUCCUUCAUCGAAGCUACAAGCCGCAACACCGCCGACGAAGUGCUGGAAAUUAGCUCCAGCUCGAGUUCCAAUCGAAGCUGUUUCCACGAAUUUCAUUGUUUCCACGCGGUUUGCCAGCAUCGGCCGCAGUCGGCCCUGCAGCCCAACCAACCAACCAGGCCGAGUGGUCGUUGGCGGCCAACCGCAAAAUCUCGGAAAUUGUGUCACCAGUCUCUUAUUGCUGGAGACAUCACCGACACCACCACCGAAUGCGGUUCGACCGACCGACCGACCAACCGAUCCGGACCAAUUGGUACAACUCUCGGUGCCGUGGGCUUUGGGGUGAAAAUCGAUAUGCAGGACCGGCUUGGAGGUGCCCGAAAAGAGACUCCCCCAAUUGGCCGGCGAGCAUUUCAAUUGAUGCGGCCAGGGUGGCUUAAAAACCUUCACGCUCGCGCGCCAAAGUUACAUGGCUAUCGGCCUAAUCACCAUGACAUCACAUCACCAUUAUACGAUGCGUGA